AUGCGAUUGAAUUCGGCAGAGUAUCCUAUUGAGAAAAGAAUAGUUGUUGCAAAGGAAGAUGGAGUGUGCUACAGCACUGAGAAAAACAGCCUAGCAGAGGUGUGGGACAGAUUGAUGGAGUACUACAGCGCGAAGGUACGUUGUGAGCAGAAAUGCCAGGCUGAUGAGGAUGAACUGCUUAGGAUGUUGAGUAAUUCCAGAAUUGAAGCGGAGACUGGUGCAGCUGUGUAUGAACUGAUUGAAAAGGAUGUAUUGUCGGUGCAUAAAGUCAAGAGCAGGAGUGAGAAUGCAUGUGAAUUUAAGCAAGUGAUAUUGGAGUCAUGCAUGAAUAUCAUAAGGAAAGGGAUUGAGUGUUUAAAGAAUGCAAUAAAAAGAGAAGAAGUGAUUUGGCAGAAGGCUGAAAACACUGGUUUGCCAUUGAGAUUGAUAGAUGGAGAAGUUAGGAUGUAUGUCAAUGAAUUGGAUUACAUUGUGCUGGAUAACGAAGGAUCAUAUGUGUAUCCACAAGAGUGGAAACCUAAAGGACUGAGAUGUACAGUAGUGUAUAUGGAGAUGCGACUAGAGUGCUGGAUGCCACCUAAGGGAGAUGAUGAUGUUGAGAUGGUUAAGGAAUACUUUAUGGAGCAGUCGAUGGAACAGAAUAUGCAUAAAAAUGGAAUUGAGAUUGAAGUAUGUGCUGAUAAAUACGAAGAAUGCGCAAGGAGUGAUGAAAUAUGCAAGUAUGUGAUUGAGGAGUUGAGAGAAGGGAGGAAGAUGCAAAGUGUGUUUGGAGAUGUAGUGGUUUAUCUUUCAAGGAUGUUGGUUGAUGUUAUAGUUAGUAGAAAUUCUUGUUGCAGUGUGCUGAGAUACAGUGGGGAGAACCUUGAAGAUGGAUUGCCGGAGGUGUUUUUUGUGGUAUCUGGAAAUGAAGUGAUUAGAGUAGAGAGGAACAUGGAAGGAUUUGAGAUUUUUGUGAAUGAAAUGCCGGUGAGGUUUUUUAUGUGUAGCAGUAAUGAACCUAUUUUUGCUGAUAUUAAUGUGUGA